GAACGAGUCUGGAGAAAAAAUUUUCAAUCGGAAAGUGCCGUUCCAAAAAUAGAUAGGAUGUUAUCAUAAUUUAGCGGUUCCUGACGUCAGUAGGCUUUAGCCCGUUUUGGCAAUAGUAGAACAUGAUACCCUAAAUUUAUCUUACCGGUUGCUGAGCUCUGAUUGGUCCAUCAUGGUUGAUAUUACAGCUAGGUUAGUGUGGUACAAGUUGGGUGAAACUUAUUCCAACAUGGCUGAUGCAGCAAGCAAUGCACAAACUUGGUACACAACCAUGGACUGGGAAAAGGUCGAUCUCUUGGAUGCUUUCUUCAUUGGAGUAGUAGUUUUGACAGUAGUGUCAUAUGGCGUGUUGACAGUGGUGUUUUCGUUGUUUGGAAAGCAGAUAAAAGAUUGGCAGAAACCGAAGCCUCGCUGGUCAGAAACUGGCGAAGGUUCCAGUCCAAAUUUCGGAGAGAGUUGCCAGUGGGUAAACUCUGCAGUGAAUUGGUUGUACCUGCAUUAUACGACGACACCAGACUUCCUACAAGCAUGGCUGAAUGCACUGAACGAGGCCAGUCGUCAACAUGGGGAAAACGUGCAGGUGAAGUUUGACUGCAUUCAGCCGGGAAGCCUCCCUCCUAAGGUCACCAAUGUGCAUACAGAUGUAGGCCCCAGCGACACACUCAAUAUUCGUGCAAAGAUUGAGACAAAGGAACUCUCAUUCAUGGUUGGGGUGCUUCACCAAAUUAUGGACACCAUCUCUGUAACUAACUGCAGUGUCAGCAUAGAGAAACUCAAUGCAGAGGUGAAGACAGUUGCCAGUAUGGAGAAUGACAAUGUCUCACUUGCUGUCUCUUUACAUGGUGCACCUGAGAUGAAGCUACGCAUCAAGCCACAUAGCCAGAAUUAUGAUCUCAACAUUAGCCGAGUGGAAACUGCCAUUAUUAAAGCCAUCCAUAGUGCUGUGACAAUCCUAAACGUCAGUAAAGGAACCAUGGGAAGUUUUUAUGGAAGUCCGCCUACUUCACCCAACUCUCCAGCCUCAAUGAUGACGCCAAAUUUUCCAGUCAAUGAGGUUAUCCAAAAGACUGACGAUCUUCAUCUCCAUAGUGCAAACAUCGCCAAAGUACCAGGAAAUAGAAGACUUCUGGUUAAGAUCAUAAAAGCCAAUGGACUGCGACAGGCAGAUUAUGGUUCAACAGAUCCCUAUGUUGUCAUAGAGUUAGAUGAGCCCCUACAGAAACAUACAACCAGUGUAGUCAAGAGCACCGUCAAUCCUUUCUGGGAUGAACACUUCUUAUUUGACCUUGGAGACAACACAAGUGAAGUUAUGUUUGAAGUGUAUGAUAGGGAAAAACCACCAGGAGAGGACUUCCUUGGUUGUAACAUUGUCCACAUGGAAGAGCUACGUCGCAACCCCAGCAGUCGACAGAUCAUCCCUCUGUUGCCAAGACCUGACAAGACUGAAGUCGUUUCUGGAUCCAUCACAAUAGAGUUUUUGUUCCUUGAACCAGCUGAAGCUGCCUUGUACCAGAACGAAGACUUGUCAUCACCACGGCGACAAGUUGAGACAGCACGACAUGUCACACCAAGUGGCACAGUCAUCACCACGACUACCACCACAACUGAACGGCCACGAGAUAUGAAAUAUGAAACAUCUAUAAACGAUUCUCCAAAUUUGGUAAUCAAACGAGACAUUGGUCGAACAGAUGGGGUAUCCACCUCUCCCGUGGGCAACAGAACUCGGAAAGUUUCCGACUCGUAUGAAUCAUCCAUAACAUCGGAGCUUGUACAAGUUAAUGGGGAUGAAACUGUGGCUGAUACUGCCGUCCGACAACUAACCACUCAGAGAGACUCUCGACCAAGGACUCCCACUCGUACUAGCACGCUUGUCAUCACGUCAGUACAGCGGAUGACAGACAGUUCCCCAACAGAAGACAAAGAUGCACUGUCAGCAACAAGUGCUGUGAGUUCCACUAGUACUGAACGAGUCACUCCCACUGUGCAAAAUAAGAAGAACAAAUCUUUGAAAAACACGUUAAAGAAGCGCUUUAGUCGCCUGCGUAAGCCUCGCUCUCACAGUGCAGAUCGUGCAUCAAGUAUGCGCGAAGGAACCCUCAGCCCGCCAACCAUGAAGGUCACUGGCCCAAAAACCACAGAAAACAAUAAUGCAUCCUUGAUGGACAUGUCAACAAAUUCAGAAUUUGAUAAUUCUACUAUGGAUGACAUAGAUCACUUGCAAGUGCCUGAGCAGAAUCUGAAGAAGCAACGCUCCAACUCAUUUAGUAAUAGCCUCAAGAAACUGUUUAAGCGAAAGAAGCGUGAUGGUGCAUCUGUGUCGCGGGAAAGUUCUCUCUCUAGGCAAUCUCAGAGGGAAUAUGGGGACCAUUCACCCGAACCUAGCCCAGUUGCACAGAGAGAUCCAAUCAUGCAUGACCCCUCAAGGUCACGAUAUUCUUGAUACUCAAACAGAUAUAGUGACUAAUAUGUAGGAGGAAUGCAGGCAUUUGAUUGGCUAGGGGCUACUAUAGCAACAAUCAGGAUUAUAUGUUGUGGUUUGGCGAUGUUGUUGUAUUAAAUAUGAGACAACUAUCACACCAUACCUGUCAACUACUUUAUUUCGACAAACGAGGAUCUCCAUCCAUGUUACGCUAGAAAAUAUUGAAAGGUUUGGAAAUGUCUGUAUUGGAGGUGUCCAAGUUGACAGGUAUGGUAUAUGACAGAACAACUACCAUGUUGGAUCUUCUCACAGUGCCAUGGCUUUACUCGGAGCAGGACAUGUUGGUACCAUUCACUCAGAAUUGAAACUGAUUUGGACUACUCACUUAGAGUUGAAAUAAAAUGGUACCAUUUAUUUAUGGUGGUAAUAAAUCAUUGAUUCUGAAGAAGUUCAGAUUGGUAGCAUGUACUCUUUCAGCAGAAAGGCACUUGGCACCUGUUCGUAGAAGUGACAUUACGGUAGAGGAUUGAUUCCGAGAAGUGACAUAAUGGUAGAACACUAACUAGGAGCAUUGACAUAAUGGUAGAAGACUGAGUAUAAUAUUUAACUUUAUCCAUUAUCUCAAGGGUAUCGGUAUGUUAUUUUUCUAUGCACAGUUGGCAUUUUUAUUUCCUGUGAUUGCUUUACAAUUUAGUCAAGCCUGACUCGUGCAAUUAGUAUGCCAAAAAUGUGAUUAUUAAGCAAGUCUAUGACUAGGCCUACAUGUACAUGUACUUAGCUGUUUCUAACCUUCCAGAAAUGACAGGGAAAGGAUGUAUCUCAUCCUUGGUUUCCCUCAGUCAAACCUUAUACUAGUUAUUUUGUUGCUCUUUGCCAUAGCUGGGAUUAUUUUGCUAAAGUAUGUUCAUACUUGGCUGUAGUCAUGACAGCGCAUAAUUAUUACUAUAGUAACUAAAAUGAUCAUGAUUAAAGAAUAUACAUAUACUAUGAUGCUUAAAUUUAGCUUAGUUAAAUGCUUGUAGAUCAUUGCGCAAAUGUGCAAUUUACAUUCUUUGUGUAAUGCUAAUCAGAAAAAAAUUAAUUUGAUGAGUAUAUUUCUGAUCUGUAUAUUUUUGCAAAAAUAUAAAACAUUCAAAUGUACAUUUAUCCAAUUUGUAACAAUUUCAGGAUUUCAGAUGUCAAAACUCUUUUUUCUUAAACAUACCGAAACAACCAAAUUGACUGAAGUGAAAUUUACUUGACAUUGCUCUAUAGAUCUGAAAUGUAUGUAUUAUACAUGAUGCAAGAUUUCCUCAGAAUUUUGCGAUAAAAUGUUAAUAAAGCACCACCAUACUGAGUACAUAUCACCCCACGGUUGAUACUGUUAGCAUUACACAAAGCGAAAACUGUAUUGCUAGAACUAAAAUGUGCCUUAGGGGACAACCAUGAGAUCAUUGGAGGGAACGUAAAAUUUUCAGAAAAAUGUCCUGGGUCUGAAAACUGUAUAAAUUAAGAGUUAGGUUUUAAAAACAUCCUGUGUGUUGUUUUAGCUAUACCUAGAAAUGGUUAGAUUGAAUCUUUUUCUAGUUACAGAAUUAAAACAAAAAUACUCAGGGUAAAGGUAUGAGGAAAUAAAUCUGGUCAAGGGUAUUGAGGUUGAGUUCCCCCAAAUAUCAAAUGGUGCAUCCCUUAAUAAACUACAGUAAAUCACUGUAAAUAUUCCCUUAUUAUUACAUUCUCAGAGAUCAGAGAUUUGCCACUUGCUCAUUAACAUCUCAGAUAGAAAAUUAAUUUUAAGUUAUUCAAAAUUAGCAUUAGCUUUACCAAUGUAUAAAGAACACGCAUUAACAUUGCUGGUUUUAGCUUUACAUCUUUACCUGUUGUGACAAAUUACCUCACAUGCUGUUUUCGUUUAUGUUUUCUUUUUUCCAUUUAUUGCACAUGGUAUAAUGUCCACAUGUGAUCUUAUACAAAAAAAGAUCUGAGUUUUUAGGGGUAUUCAAAGCCAUUGUCUCUAUUGCGAGAGGUGACUCCCAUUUUUCCAUACUUCUAUCGAUAAUUGGAUAAGAAUACACUAAAUGUACAUCUUCGUUCACUCAGCUCCC